CAGUGGAAACAGCACGUACGUAAGAAACCAUCUAGCAUUAAGGUGAGACCGAAAAUAAUCCUGCGGAAUUAUGGGAAUUACCUUGGACCAUUAGCUGUACUGGUUUCUCUUUUAACAGAGUGAGGAAAAUGUCCAGUAGAAGUCAACACUAUGGGUUCCAGUCAGCCACCCUGGUGCAGCCGGCCAAUGGUGGCCAUGCCUACCUGUUUGGGACCAACGGCUCAGAAAACGACCUGUCGGAGGAGGAUGGAGAAAGCUUUGAGCUCCGAUCACGGGGUAAGGAGAGGCUGCGGAAGAGCACGUCCAAGGAGCGACUGGAUGACAUCAUCUACCUUAGCAGAGACGUCCAGGAGGGCGACACCCUGAACAGCAUUGCCCUGCAGUACCACUGCUCAGUGGCGGACAUUAAACGAGCCAACAACCUCCUGACAGAACAGGACUUCUUCGCUCUGCGUUGUAUAAAGAUUCCCGUGAGGCGUUUCAGUGUGCUCACAGAGACUCACAACGGCGGUCCUCCCAAACCCAUCUCGCCCACCGGGGUCAGACGGGUCGCCCAGGUUUCACCCGCCGCGCCUCUCCCCACAGAGUCCUCCACGGACUCCUGUUCUUCCACAGACAGCGUAGAAGGAUUCCUCCUGGAGAAGGACAAGGACAUUGAGCAGCUGGUGAAAUCCACGGGCCCGUCCCGGAGCAGCCUCAGCGAGGUCGUGUCGUCCUUGACCCUGCAGCAGCCGCUGCUGGGGGAGGCAGGGUAUAAACCAGCGCAGAGAAAGGACCCCUACUACGGAGCGGACUGGGGCAUGAGAUGGUGGACGGCCGUGGCCAUUAUGCUGUUUGUCGGCAUCAUCACACCUGUGUUUUAUCUGCUCUACUAUGAGGUUCUCAUGAAAACCGAGGUCAGCCAUCACGGUGCGCCUAUCCAGACAAAUGGCGACGGGCAACAGGAACAGCUGAAAAGUAAAACUUUGGACUUUCACAGCGAAGACGGAGAUCCUGCAGAGGGACUUAAACUGGCCGCCCAAAUAAACCCACAGGGAGGUGGUGCAGACGAGGCCGAUGCUGUUAAAAAGUCAUUGCCUAAGAAAACAUAGCAGAACUUUGAUUCCCACACGCCAUAAACUAAGUGAAUUAACAUU